UAAUAAUACAAUCGAGCCUUGGUAUUUUUAUGAGAAAUGUAAUGAUUUCAACUUCAACAGAGAGUUUAUCACAUUCAAAUGCCAAUAUGGAACUUGUCCUAUCUGUGGCCAAGAAGCUUUACAUGAAUGCUAUGUGUCGUUUGCCAGGGCGUGAUCACAGAAAAACUCAGAAUCAUAUUCCUAAAGGUCGAGUAUACACAGUCCCUCAGACCCAUAUUCUUAUGAGUGGUGAUGUAGUAAGCUCUAAUAUAGAUAGAGAUAGUU